ACACCAAAGCAUCUCCAAGGCAUGCAAUAAGCAGCUAAGGCUAAAUAAUUUUAUCAGUGGUACUGCAGGGUAGUUGUGUACGUGAAGUCCAUGGCAGUGGCAAUUGCAUCUCCCUCCUCCAGCUCUAUAAGCUUAUUGUGGGUGAUUGCCAUGUUGGUACUCUCGGUGGGGAUGGUAUCCGCUCAGCUAUCCUCCACAUACUACGACACUUCAUGCCCCAAAGCCUUUUCUACCAUUAAGUCUGGCGUGACCGCUGCUGUUGCCAAAGAGAAGCGCAUGGGCGCUUCCUUGCUCCGUCUCCAUUUCCACGAUUGUUUCGUCAAUGGAUGCGAUGGAUCUAUACUGCUGGACGAUACCUCGAGCUUCACGGGGGAAAAGACGGCAACCGCAAAUGCAAAUUCAGUGCGAGGGUUUGAUGUGAUCGACACCAUUAAAAGUAAAGUGGAGAGUGUGUGCCCCGGUGUUGUUUCCUGUGCAGAUAUUCUUGCUGUUGCAGCUCGGGAUUCCGUUGUUGCUUUGGGUGGGCCUUCAUGGACAGUACAGUUGGGCAGAAGAGAUGCGACCACAGCAAGUCUAAGUGCUGCCAACAGCGACAUCCCUGCUCCAACCUUGGAUCUUAGUGACCUUACAUCCGCUUUCUCAAAAAAGGGUCUUACUGCCAAGGAAAUGGUCGCUCUUUCAGGAGCUCACACCAUAGGGCAAGCUAGGUGCACAAGUUUCAGGUCUCGCAUCUACAACGAGACUAAUAUAAAUUCUUCAUUGGCGACAUCAUUGAAGUCCAACUGUCCGAGUACUGGUGGAGACAGCAAUCUCUCUCCCCUUGACGCUACAAGCCCUACAGCUUUUGAUAAUGCUUAUUUCAAGAAUUUGGUGAACAACAAAGGACUUUUACACUCGGAUCAGCAGCUCUACAAUGGUGGCUCCACAGACUCUCAAGUUAGCUCUUACAGCAGCAAUUCCGCAACCUUCUCUUCAGAUUUUGCAAGCGCAAUGGUGAAGAUGGGCAAUAUUAGCCCGCUCACCGGCAGCAACGGUGAAAUAAGGACCAAUUGCAGGAAAACCAACUAAGCCGUCCUGGCGAUCACACUCCACACUGUUUUGUCUACUCUGUUACUUAAGCUGCAGAUGUAGCCUAAGAAAUAAAAUAAAAUAAAUUGGGAUUGCUGCUUAUAAAUGUUGUGCAAUUGGUGUCCAUUACAGUGAACUUGUUCACUGUUUGUUCUAUAUAUAUAUG